UUUGCUCUUUGUCUCUAACGUCAAUGAAGAUCGCAAGAUUAAUUUCUCUGUGAUUUGAUAGUUUUGAUAUGUAAACAAACAGAAAUCAUGGUCAUAUUAUCAAAUUCUUAAUAAAUUGAAUAAAACUUGAGCUUUAUAUUAAAAAAUGUCAGAUUUACAUGAUGGUCCAAUUUUUAUCGAUGUGGGUGACGACGAACCAGCAGAGAUAUUUGUGGAUUUUGUUGAUCAUACCGAAGAAUUGAAUUCCGAUAUCAAAACUAAAGAAUCAAGAAAAUACAAUGAUGUAUAUCUUAAUGUUCAAAGCCGUAGAUUCCGUUGUCCGGAAUGCAAUAGAUACACAGCGGAGACGCAAGAUAAACUUCAUCGACACAUAAAAAAAGUCCACCGAGGAGAAAAUCCAUUUCAAUGUUGUAUGUGUGAAUAUAGUACAUACAAUAGCACAGUAUAUGAAGAACAUUUAAGAGUCCAUCAAGGUAUAAAACCAUACAAAUGUUCGAAAUGUCCGUACCGAAGUGUUUCUAAGAAGAAUACAAAGAAACAUGAAUUAAUACAUCGUCCUAACAACCCGUUAAAGUGCACACAAUGUGAUUUCAUAGCUAGACAUUCUCGUUCACUUAUCAAUCACAUGCGUACACAUGAUAUGGAGGCUUCCGUUGCUGAGUUAAAAGAUGAUAAAGACAUGGAAUGUAUGCGAUGUGGCUUUAUAGCUCAAUCUAAAAGUGCGAUGUUGCACCACAAAGCUAGUAUACACGGUGAAGAAAGGAAAACAAGAUAUCAAGAAGACGCCUUCACUUGUGCUUUGUGCGGUUGGUCAUCUAAGAGUAGACCAAAGAUUCUUCUGCAUUUAAUUCACCAUCCAAAUCAAUAUGUCGACGAAACUAUUAUAGAUGUUAGGGUUUUAAAAAAACAUGGUAUAUUAAAUUGACAAUU